AUGGUUGAAGUUAAAAGCAAAGUUCACGACAAUCUUUUUCAUUUGGCUAUUGUUUAUGCAUGUAAUUCGGGGUCGGAUAGGAGGAUUUUGUGGAGCUGUCUGAAAGACAAGAUUAUUGAUGAGGAUCCUUGGGCUAUUAUUGGGGAUUUCAACAUUACUAGAAUUGAAAAUCAAAGGAGUCCUGAAUCUGAUAUCACCCAAGACAUGAUAGACUUUAAUGAGUGUAUUCGUGACAUUGGGUGUGUCAAACCGACCAACUCUGGCAACCUGUUUACUUGGUCCUCUACGAGGGGUGAUGAGCAAAUUGGAAGGAGCAGAAUUGACAGGGGUCUUAUUAACUCGACUUGGGCUGCUAAGUUUCCUAGAAGCCAUGUUCAUAUCCUUAACCCGGGAAUCUCUGAUCACUAUCCACUUAAGCUCUAUUGGGAAAAGAAAAAGAGAGUGAAGCGUCCUUUUAAGUUCUUCAACUUUUGGAUGGAUAAUGAUAAGUUUAAAGACAUUCUCCAUGAGGUCUGGAACACUCGCGUGGAUGGCUCCAAUAUGUUUCGGGUGUCGGAGAAAUUGAGACUUCUUAAGAAUCGGCUCACUAAAUUUGAUCGUAAAAAAUUCAGCAACAUUUCUAAAAGAGUCAUGACUGCGAGGGAUGAUCUUGAGGAGGUUCAAUACCGCUUUCUUCAUGAGGACAUUGAUGAUCUCCUUCAGGAUGAGGAAGAAUUUGUUCUUGCUUCUUUUAGAGAGCUCAGUUCUAUGGAGGAGAGUUUUAUAAGACAGAAAUCGAGACAAAAGUGGGAUAGUGGGGACUUUGUGCAUGGACAUGAGCAAAUUCAGAACUUGGCUGUCCAAUUCUACCGUGGGCUUAUGGGUACUAAUAUCAGGCAGCAUCUUAGUCACCUCAACACACUUUAUCAGAUUGUUGACAAGAGGAUCUCUGCUGAGGAUAGUUGGGAUCUUAUCAAGGUUGUGUCAAGGGAUGAAGUCAGAAAGGCUCUUGCGAGUAUCAAUGAUAAGAGUGCAGCGUUCUAUGGUGGUGUUGAUGAUGAGACAAAGGCAAGGAUACAAGACAUUAUCGGUAUCUCUGAAGGGUCGUUACUAGUACGUUAUUUGGGUAUUCCGCUCACAACAAGGCAGAUCCAAGUUAUUCACUAUAGGUCGCUCAUUGAAAAGGUCAAGAACGUCAUUAUAGGUUGGGCGGCUAAGAAGCUUUCGUAUGCGGGCAUAAUUGAGUUGGUUGGAAGCGUGGUCAUGGGGUUAAUUGGAUAUUGGUCUCAACAAAUUGUUCUCCCAAAGAAAGUUAUGAAAGAGAUGGACACCAUUAUACGUAACUUUAUUUGGGGCAGCCAAGGUCGUGGGGGUAAGAAAGUCAAGUGGACUGACAUUUGUAAACCGAAAGAUGAAGGUGAUAUUGGGCAGAGGAGCUGUGUGGAAUGGAACCGGGCCGUUACUUACAAACAUCUUUAG